GAAAAAUUCAGCAGCACAGUUACGAGUACAAUACGAUUCAAAAGUCAGAAGCAUUCUUCAGAAAGAUAAUUAAUUUUCAAUAACCAUGGAGCCUAAGAAAGAUAUGUUAUCAAAAUUGCAGAAUUACAGGAACCAAGCUGCUGUCACGGCUGUUCAGUUAUGGAAAGCCAAAGGAGAAGCAGAAGCCUAUGCUGAAGAAACAGAAAAAUUGAGAAUACUAUCAGGAGAGCUCCGGAAACGAAUUGCCGAGGUAGAAAGAGAGACAAAGGAAUUUGAACCGUUAGUCAAGAUAGCCGAAACUACUCUCCAAAGCCUGAGGCAAACCAUGGAGAUAAACUCCAUGUCAAUUAUUAUCCACAAAGAACACGAAAAAUGUGUCACAAUUGAGGUGCGUCAAUACAAACAAAAAGUAGCCGACAUAUUAGACAAAUAUUCCACGCACAUCGAAGAACGCAAAGAAGAAUUGGCGAACGAUAAUCCAAAGUGUAAAAUCCUCCACGAAAAGCUCGACCAAAAGAAAAAAGUCAAGUUCACCUGUAUGAGCUUGGAACAACAAAUCAGGCUGAAUCGGCGAAAAAAAGAAACUUUCGAAGACUUUGCUCGUCUUCGAAUUGUUUGUUUCGCUAAAACGUGGUUAGAUCGAAAAAUGUACGAAGAAAGGAAUAGUGUUCUAAGUCAGCUUAUAACACAGAAAAGGGAAGUGAUGUGCAAGCUGAUGGAAGUUACAGAAAAAUUGCAGUACAAGCAGAAGAUGAGAUAUAUCAAAGAUACUUCAUAUACAUCCGCGGCUACUCCUCACAUUGUGUUUUCACAGCCGGCUGACACGAAACCGGUUCCGAAAAAGACACAAAAAGAAAAGAAGGAUUCGGAAAAUAAGGAACCGGUCAAAGAAAAGAACAAUCCGUUCGACGGACUCCAAUUUCUUCUCGAAAAAACGACUACAAAGCAAUUGACCGAAACAAAACCUAGCCUUCCCGCUCAACCUCGCGUGACCAAUGCAAGCGUCCCGAUGCCUAAAUCGCAGUCGCACGUUUCUAAAGUGGUCAUAUUAGAUAAUCAGUUACUGAAGCCGCCAGAAUCGCCGCAACCGAACCCUUCGCUGAUAAGAGCAGAGAAAAGCAAGGAAAGAGACGCGAAGCUACAAAAAGUCCUCAGCGACUUCAAGAGAAAAAUAUCGCACCAUACUUCCAUUGAAGUCCCUAAGAAAGGACAAUACGUUCCGAGCAUCGAAAAGCAGGAUGCGAAAAGGAUGAAGUGCAACAUUGAGAGGAACAAAAAAGACGUCGUGCCGUCACAAGAAUCGAUGCUUUACAGCCAAGAAGAACACGAGAUGAGGUUUGUCUCGCAGCAGUCCGAAACGGCGGAGAAUAAACCGAACCAGCAGGAUCGGUUGGACGUGAAUCAAAACGAAACGCUUCUCAUGAAACCGAAUAAGCGCAAAGUUACGUUCGCGGAUGAAAGCAUCUUGCCUUCUGAGAGUUUUUUUAGAGGAGGGCAGCCAAUGGAGACUGGUAUGGUGAUGAACAAAGGUGAUCACCAAAUCGGUGUGGUGAACAUGAAUAACGAUGCGUUGAAGAGUUCCGAGAAUGAAUAUAUGCAGUUUUCUAUGAGUUUUGGAGGAAAAAUGCCAAGUAGCUCUCUGCCGAACUUUGGUAUAUCUAAUAAUGGUCCAGGACUGUUUAAAAAGCCGAGUAAUCCCAUAGGUAACGAUUUGAAGCAGUCACGAGGAUUAAAUCUGGGUAACGAACCGGAAAGUAAUAUGGAUGUCUCCUUUAAUUACGGCGAUGUUUCUGGUUUCAACGACACUGGUGAUUACGAUGCUUCAGUAAUGCUUAGCCCUACUGACGAUUACCAAAGUACCGGAUCAGCGAUCUCAAAAACAUUUGCGUUUAAUUUCAGAAACUGAUUGACGCAAUGUCAUCCGCGUGUUAUUGUUCAUUUUAGAGGUUCACGUUACGUUUUAUUGAUUGUUUUAAUUUUUUACAUUUUGAACUGAUCAGAAUACGUAUAAGGUCUAAUUGUUACUAAACCAAAAAUAGUUGAAAUGGCUGCAGAUUCAAGCAGCCGGAUCUCAGACUAUAAGGGUUGUUUUGUUCCAAUGUUGUUGUAGUUAGGUUUUAUUUACUGUUUCAUCAUUUCUGUCCAAGUUGAAAUAAACUUCCAGUAUAAAUGUUUCAAUAAACUGUCAAAAAGUAAUUUUGUGUUUGUCAAUUUCCGAAGUGCUGAAAAUAAAGUAAAAAUGUGGAUGUUGGAUAUGGUCAACUGAUUACAAUUGAUGUUAUUGAUGGGUCAAUGCGUCUCAAGUUUAAAAAUGUCUUCGAUCCUUCUACUCCUGCUAUCUAAUCUCACCGUCCGGACUAAUCUUUCCGUACUGCACCGCAAAAAACAUAAACACGGACUAUGUAUAGAAUGCGGUGCCGCGCAGAUGUGGAAAAGGACAACGUUGCCAAAUGGACA